AUGGCAGGCUGGUUCUCCUCAGCAUCGCCCCUCGAUGAGCAGAUCGAGCGGGCGACGUCGUCCUCUCUGGAAGAUAUUGCCCUCAACCUCGAGAUCUCCGAUAUGGUGCGGUCCAAGAGUGUCCAACCCAAGGAUGCCAUGAGAUCGCUCAAACGCCGAUUGGAAAACCGUAAUCCCAAUAUUCAGCUGGCAACAUUGAAGCUCACAGAUACGUGUGUCAAAAACGGCGGCACUCACUUUCUGGCCGAGAUAGCCUCCCGCGAAUUUAUGGACAACUUGGUCUCAUUGAUGAAGGCAGAAGGAGCUCCUCUCAACCCAGAUGUUCAGCGAAAAGCUCUGGAGCUCAUACAGGACUGGGCUAUGGCGGCUCAGGGCCGGAUGGACUUGAUGUAUCUGGGGGAAACAUAUCGCAAGCUGCAGAAUGAGGGGUUCCACUUCCCCCCGAAGACAGAGUUGAGUGGAAGUAUGCUGGAAAGCAAUGCUCCACCAGAAUGGAUCGACUCGGAUGUCUGCAUGCGAUGCCGUACGGCCUUCAGCUUUAUGAACAGAAAACACCAUUGCCGCAAUUGUGGAAACGUAUUCGAUGCCCAAUGCUCCAGCAAAGUCAUCCCGCUACCCCACCUUGGAAUCUUGCAGCCUGUCCGAGUCGACGAUGGGUGCUAUACCAAGCUUACUUCGAAGGCAUUCACACCGGCGGGUCUAUCGGAUCGAUCGGCAUUCAAGAAUAACUCCAUUACUAAGUCCAGCGCCAUGGAACCCCGCGGCGCAAAGGCAGACACUAGCUUUGACGAUGACCUCCGUCGGGCUUUGCAGAUGAGUCUCGAUGAGGCGGAAGGGCGAGGUCCAUCAGGAUACGUAACUCAGACAGGGAAUGUCCCAGAGUCAGCCCAGGCAGGCCAGGGGCCUGCGAACGUGGAGGAGGAAGAUGCAGAUCUCAAGGCCGCGAUUGAAGCAUCACUGCGAGACAUGGAGGAGCACAAGCAAAAACAUGCGGCUGCAUUGAAAAGCAACACACAGUCCGAUUAUUCCCUGCGCGAUUCUUCGAGCACCCCGACCCCGGCCUCCAAGAACCCCUAUGAGCUCAGCGCUGUCGAAGCGGAAAACAUCCACCUCUUUUCAACCCUGGUCGAUAGACUGCAACACCAGCCACCAGGAACAAUCCUGAGAGAGCCUCAAAUCCAAGAGCUUUACGAGAGUAUUGGGACGCUUCGCCCCAAACUUGCUCGCAGUUAUGGAGAAACCAUGAGCAAACAUGAUACCCUGCUUGAUCUUCAUUCCAAAUUGUCUACUGUCGUCCGCUAUUAUGACCGAAUGCUUGAAGAACGACUCUCAAGUGCCUACUCUCAACAAACCCUUGGUUAUGGUGCUGUUCCUGGAGCGGCUCAGUAUCCCAACAUAACCGGCUUUCCCUCUCAAGGCCCCGAGGUGAAGUCUGGGGCAGAGAACUUUUAUUAUGGAAAUCCACCUGAUGCAUCCCGUCCGCCGCCUACGGCGUAUGUGGCGCCACCUGCCAAUGUUAGUGGGUAUGAAGCCGGCCCUCCAGGUGCGACUAGCCCUUCGUACCCGCCGCAAUCGCAACGCGGGCCGCCUGGAGUUGAUACUCCAACCAACGCAUGGGGUCAGAACCCUUAUCCAUCAUUGGCAUCGCCUCCACCCACCACCCAUGAAGUCGCUCCUUCGGGUUUCGGUGGCCCUGCACAUUACUAUGCUCCCCGGCCAGAACAAGAACACCAGUUCUCCGAGCCUCCAUAUCAACCGUCGCCUGUCAUGCGGCGAGAUUCACAAUAUCUCCCCAACGCACCAGCGCCGCAAUCUCCUGAAAACGUGCACUCGCCGACAUACUCUACAGUGCCACCAAGUGCGCCGGCGGCUGUGCCUUCCCAGCAGCCGAGCGGGCCUCCGUCUCAAUCCUACUAUUAUCAGCCGCAGCAGUCAAGCACUGUGCCAUCUGCCUACCCGCAGGUCCCGACUGGCCAACCGGGACAAUACCCGGAGGCUGGUCAGGCGCAACAACCCGCCCGACCAGUGGAAGAGAGCUUGAUCGAGCUGUAG